ACCGGUCGGUCGAAUGAACUUUUAACGCCAGCGAUUUUCAAAUUCAUUCUUAGUUAUCCUUUGACCGUCAAAUUGGAAAGAUGCGUUGCGGUGUAAUCGUUUUAAUAAUUGCAUCCAUUUUUGGAUGUAAUGCUGACAACUUGAAUAGCGUUGUUCAAGGCAAUGAUGAAUUUACAGCAAAUACAUACAAGGAACUGGUGAAAAUAUCUGGCAAAAAUAACAUUAUUGUUAGCGGAUUAUCUGCAGAAAUCGUAUUAUCUUUGCUUGCAAAUGGUGCCAAAGGAGAAACGCAAAAGCAAUUGUUGAAAGGUUUGAGCUUACCCAAUAAUAUAGAAAAUGUAAAUAAGGCAUUCACUGAAAUAACAUCUCGUCUAAAGGUUAACACACCUGAUUUAAAAUUGUUAUCAGCAAACAAAAUCUAUCCAGCUCAAGGCUUCCCAAUUGAAAAAGCAUUCAAAGAUAUUGCUGUAAACGAUUAUUCCGCAGAUGUACAAAACCUUGACUAUAACAAGCCUGCAGAAGCCGCUGGCACUAUCAACGGCUGGGUUGAACAACAAACUAACAACAAAAUCAAAAAUCUCAUUGAUCCCACAAUGUUGGAUGCUAGCACAGUAUUGGUAUUAGUUAAUGCUUUAUACUACACAGGAAAAUGGGACCAUGCUUUCGAAAAAUACAAUUCUGCUGAUAGAUUGUUCCACAGUUCACCUACUGAAUCCAAAAAAAUCCCCACCAUGUAUACUGAAGCUUUCGCCAAAUAUGCAUACAAUUCCAAACUUAAGGCUAAAUUCUUAGAGCUUGGAUUCCAAGGCGGAAACGUUAGUAUGACCUUUGUAUUACCCGACGAAAUCAAUGGAUUAGAAGCUGCUGAACAAAACCUGAAAGAAUACUUGGCUCCUCAACAAAUGGAAUCUGCUAGAGUUGCCAUCACUCUACCCAAAUUCAAAAUCGAGUCCAAAAUUGAUUUUAAACCCAUCUUAAAAUCGUUCGGAAUUACACAAAUGUUCGAAAGCACUGCUGAUCUCACGGGAAUUGCCAAGGCUCCACUUAAAGUUGAUUUUGUUGUACAAAAGGCAUUUAUUGAUGUUAACGAAGAUGGUGUCGAAGCUGCAGCUGCUACAGCAGUUGGUAUAGUUGGAUAUUCACUUCGACAACCCCAAUAUGAUUUCGCAGCAGAUCAUCCAUUCAUAUUUUACAUAAAAGAAAAUAACUCUGGCGUAACGCUUUUUACUGGACGAUUUAAUAUUCCUUAGAAAAAAAACGUCAUAGGCUAUUAUGUUUAAGAAUUUAUUAUUAAGUAUUUGUAUUAGUUCACAGUUACCAGAUUUACAAUAUUAUGCAAAUUAAUUGGGGCAAACAAAAAAAAGAGAAGCAUAUCGAAUACUUAUUAAAACAAUUCAAUGCAUUCUAAGAUAUUACUGGUAGGAUUAAAUAUGUUUUUCUUUGACAUGUGCAACAAAACUUCUCGUGCCUUUUUAUUAAGAAAAUUCAUAAAACAUAUGUUGUAGAGCUUUUUAAACCAUUGAAUAUUUCCUGGUUGUAAUUGAAAAAUCUUAUUAUUUCAAAACACUUGUCCCAAUUAUUAUUAUGCACAAUAAUGUAUUUAACCGGCCGAUAUUAUGCCAUAUCGUGCUUUAGCUUUAUAAAAUUUUUAUAUUUUAUCUUGGUUUUUAUUAAAAUAAAAAAAAUAGUAUACUCUAA